UGAACAAGAGAACAAACUGAGACCAAGAGAGAGAAAAGUUGAGAGAGAGAACGCUAACCAUCUAAUAUAGAAAAGAUGGUGGAAAAAAGUUCUUUUUGUACAUUCUGGGGUGAUGGUGAUGAUGAUGCCUGCAAUAUCCUGCAAAAAUAACAAUAAAUUCACUCCACUUACACUUCUCUCUCUUCUCUUGACUGCUUUUGCCCCCUUCUUUUUCUUCUCAUACCAUGGAAGCUCUCUAAUUCUUGUUACUCAUCUUGGGCUGCCUUUUUCCUUCUUCUGAAUUGGUUUUACUGACAGCCCAUGAAGCUAGAACGAAUAAGGAAGGAUGGAGAAGUGUGGGUGCUGGAUGGCACUCAAGCGAGGCGUUAAGGGAGCCUGCAAGUCCUCUGCUUCCAGAGAUUCUGUUAACACUCUUCCUCGUACUAGUCUUGUUUACGACGCUGCCACUGAGACUCGAUAUUUGAAUGCCAGUAACCGGGACCUCACUGCUCCUCAUGAGGCUCAGCUCUCCUCUGAAAACCCUGAUCUACCACCUUCGGAGAAGAAACCUUAUCAUCAAUUGCUUCAGUUUAGUUUUCAGGAGCUUAAAUCUGCCACUGGAAAUUUCAGACCUGACAGUAUUCUUGGGGAAGGUGGGUUUGGGUAUGUUUUCAAAGGAUGGAUAGAGGAGAAUGGGACAGCUCCAGCAAAACCAGGUUCAGGUAUCACGGUCGCAGUUAAAAGUCUGAAACCAGAUGGCCUUCAGGGGCAUAGAGAAUGGGUGGCUGAGGUUGACUUCCUUGGACAGCUUCACCACCCUAAUCUUGUAAAACUUAUUGGGUACUGUAUUGAAGAUGAUCAACGGCUGCUUGUCUAUGAAUUUAUGACCAGAGGAAGUCUUGAGAACCAUCUUUUCAGAAGGACACUGCCUCUUGCAUGGGCCAGCAGGAUUAAAAUUGCGCUUGGUGCAGCUAAAGGACUGGCCUUUCUCCAUGGAGGUCCUGAACCAGUCAUUUAUAGAGACUUUAAGACAUCUAACAUAUUGCUUGAUUCAGAAUACAAUGCGAAGCUUUCAGAUUUUGGCCUGGCAAAAGCUGGUCCCCAGGGAGACAAAACACAUGUUUCUACUAGGGUUCUUGGAACAUAUGGAUAUGCUGCUCCGGAAUAUGUUAUGACAGGGCAUUUGACAUCGAAGAGUGAUGUUUACAGCUUUGGGGUAGUGUUACUUGAAAUUUUGACAGGUCGAAGAUCAAUGGACAAAAACCGACCUAGUGGGGAACAAAAUCUUGUUGCAUGGGCUCGACCAUACUUGGCAGAUAAGAGGAAACUUUACCAGCUUGUGGAUCCUCGUCUGGAACUCAACUACUCUGUUAAAGGGGCACAAAAGGUGGCUCAGUUAGCUUACUACUGCCUCAGCAGGGACCCUAAAUCUCGCCCUUCAAUGGAUGAAGUCGUGAAGGGUCUUACCCCAUUGCAAGAUCUCAGUGAUUUUGCCAUCUAUUCUUAUCAUGCCCGUUCAUCUCAACAAGGGCGACGUAGAAAAAAAUCAGAUGGGACUCGACCACUCACUUACACCCAGUCCAAGAGCAUCAGGGAUUCCCCCUUGAAUACUGGUAAGCACUAAGAAGCAUUGUAGAUAAUCAAGAUGGGUUCAUUUCUGUACUUACCUGAUAUCCACUUCCACCCUACUAUGUAUUCCCUCUGGUUGGCACAAUCUAUGAUCUGAACCAAUUGUUGGGAUGAGGCUUCUUGUUAACGAAAUGGGUGGGUGACGGCAUGUGCCAAGUGCAGAUUUUUCUGCAUGGAUCUUUGGGUGUUUGAGAUCCAGAACAGCCAGGACAACUGAGUGGCCAAAGAGCUGGCACAUUUUGAGGAAGGUGCACUACAUUCUCCUAUUUGUCUUGUGAAAUGUAGAUCUAACCAUUGAAUUGGGGUUGUUUUUCGUAUUCAUGCCAGUGUUGCAAUUGGGGUAUGUCAUCAGAAGUAGAUAAAUGCUACAUUUCCAAGAUUGAUAUUUGCAAAAUGUCUUGAAUUUGAAUUACUUGAGAGUUUGGGAAAUCAGAUUUUGAUUCGUCUCCAA